AUGAACACGGCUAUCGCCCUCGGCUGCUCCUCAGCAGCAGCCCUGACACUAAGCCUGUCUUAUAUCUACUGGCUACACCACAGCCUCGAACACAACACGCACCGAGUCGCGCGCCAGGGCUUUGUCGCUGCACAGUCAGUCUCACUGGACAAUCUCGAGACUGUCGAUAAACAAGUGUUUAGCUCAGGGCGCUAUUUGUCAGUAUACGAGCGCGCGUGGCGUGUUGUGCACAGGGCGGAUUUACCGGGGGAUGCAGUACUAUCCAAAACCACCGCUAUUGCUUCUGCUAAAGAAGAAGAAGGGCUAAAAGAGUAUGACGAAAAACUGCUCACGGCGUACCUGCGACAUACUAUGGUCAAAUUUUCGCGGUAUUUGCCGCAGAGCUAUUUACUGCGUCUGAUAGCUGCUACUUCACAAAAAGAAACGUUUGGCGCAACGCAUAUCCAGAGUUUACAGUUUCGCGAGGGCGAUGUGGUAUGCGGGUUUUACAGGGUACUAUUACGGCGCGCGGGUAAAGUUGAGUUUGGUAUUGAUAUGCCCGGAGAGCAAAAAAUUGAGGCGAGGCUGGUUAUUGGGAUUUGCGAGAGCGGUAAUAAUAAUGACGAUAAACAAAAAGUUGUCGAGGUGUAUAGUGAGACGGUCAUGUGGCGGCCAGCAGAUCGGCCGGAUGUGGUGAUGCCGCUGGAGCGAGGGCUGGGCAAGUUCAUGCAUGAGCUGGCGGCGUGGUGGUUGUUGGAUUCGGGCGUAUCGUAUCUGGUUGGGUUGGGUGUAAAUAAAAAUGUUUGA